CCUGGGAGCCACAUUUAACGUAACACUGCUCAGCGGAGUGACUGUGUGAGAGAGGUUGAGAAAAGUGCUGUGGUGACCGAGAAAGAGAGCAAAAGUGAGAGAGAGAUAAGCAUGCGAGAGAAAGCCAUAAUGAAGGGGGGAUCUACUCGUUCAUAACAACCCUACAGACAUCAAAAGAGUACUUUAAAAUUGUAUGGACAAAGUGGAGGAGGAAGUCUUUUUUGGAGGUCAUGGGAAACGCACAAAACAAUACAAACAUCUCUUGUGAGAGCAACACAACAAACUCCACCAAUAGUGAAGUACAGAUGGUGAUGCUUGGCACACUCAUAUCCAUUCUUGUCCUGGCCAUCGUCUUUGGCAACGUGUUGGUGAUUACAGCCAUCAGCCGGUUCCAACGUCUUCAGAAUGUCACCAAUUGCUUCAUUACGUCACUUGCGUGUGCUGACCUGGUCAUGGGAUUGGUGGUGGUGCCUUUUGGCGGCAUUCACAUCAUCCUGAGCACUUGGCACUUCGGCAACUUCUUUUGUGACUUCUGGUUGGCCACCGAUAUUCUGUGUGUCACGGCCAGUAUCGAAACGCUCUGUGUUAUUGCUCUGGAUCGAUACCUCGCUAUAACAUCACCCUUCCGCUAUCAGUCCUUACUGACCAAGGGCAGAGCUCGCAUCAUUGUGCUGCUGGUGUGGGUCAUUGCUGGGCUCAUUUCAUUCCUACCAAUCCAUAUGAAGUGGUGGUUUUCUGGCGAAGCAAGUUGUUGCAUAGAGAAUGAUAACUGUUGUGAAUUUGACGUCAACGACUCCUAUGCCAUCAUCUCAUCCAUAGUCUCCUUCUACAUCCCCCUGGUCAUCAUGGUUUUUGUCUACAGCCGUGUCUUCCAGGAGGCAAGAAAGCAACUGAAGAAGAUUGACAAAAGUGAGGGGAGAUUUCAUGCUCAGAACAACAACGGAAAAAAGAAUGAGGCGUUGAGCAGCCACUGCGAGGUGAGGACCACCAAGAAGCCCAAGUUCUGCCUGAAGGAACAUAAAGCGUUGAAGACUUUGGGCAUCAUUAUGGGUGUAUUCACACUGUGUUGGCUGCCGUUUUUUGUACUAAACGUGGUGCCAAAGAAAAUGGUUGAGGUGAACACCUUGACAUAUAAAAUAUUAAACUGGAUAGGCUAUGCUAACUCAGCCUUCAACCCACUGAUCUACUGUAGGAGUCCAGAGUUCAGGUACGCUUUUAAGGAGAUCCUAUGCCUCAACAGGUCACGCUAUCCUAACGUUAGGCCAGCCAAUGGAUAUAUAUACAGUGGGCAUAGUUGGAAGAGUGAGCACAGAGGGCGAAGCAAAGGCAGCUCAGAGGACAGUGACCCAGCUGAGGGCAACUCUGAGAAAGAGGGAUGCAUGUCAGCAGAUAAACCUGACUCUAAUGGGAACUGCAGUAAAAACCUAAUGAGUGUGUUGUAAAUCACCUUGCGAGUCCUGACUCAUUCCACUGUGACUUCUCAAUAUGUCACAUAAGGACAGGUUACGCCUCCUCUGGUAAGUGGCCAAUGGUGGGUGUGUGAUGGAAAAAGGGACAUAUUUAAAAGUUUGUUUUCCUCAGCUACCUCGUUGUUUUCUCCUCUAGAUUCACUUUCUCUGUCGAUUCAUUUCACCAUGAUCUCGAUCAAAAAGGUUAGCACACACAAAACAAACAAACAAACAAACAAAGUUAUAAAUGCUUCUCAAUUCAUUUUAAAAAGAAAAUUACUGGACAUCUAUGACAGUCAUGAUAAAAGACACUUUGUGGUUGUUCACUAAAGGAACUUCCUUCUUGAGUCAUGUUUCUGUCAUCUUGCAUAAAUUGAGGAACAGAGCUGCAGUUUCAAAGAAUGAUUUGCUUUCAUUAGAUUAACAGGUUAAACAGGUGUUGCCUCUUUGACAUAUUGUUUACUUGUUACUUGUUUAAAAUUGGAUUCUAUAAAAUUUGAAACUAUAAAAUGUCUGUUAAAAUUCACCCAACUCAGCACAGAAACAACACCCCUUACCACAAUAACAAAAAAAGGAAGAGAAACCACAUGGUCAUACCCGAUUGUUUAUGCUAAAUGAAACCAUUCAGCCUUUCAGUCAUGUGAUUGUUUAUGCUGAACAUCCUUAGAAUGGAAGUCAAUGAAUAUAAACAAUUUAUGUUAAUGCACAAUACCACAUUUUUACAGCAUAACAAAAAUGGUAACACUUUACAUUAAGGUUCAUUAGUUAACAUUAACUAAUAAUGAACUGCACUUUUACAGCAU